AUGCGAUACAUGGCGAGGGCCUGGCUGUGCCAUGCGCCAACAGCCGUAUCUGCAUCUCUAUCGCACGUGCCUCCCUCCCGUCGCUGUCUGGCCUUCGUGGCCCGACCUACCCUGCUAGCACCGUCUUCGCCAUCCGCUCGCAUCGGUUGGGCCAGCCUCCUCCAUACGACGCGACCGACGUCGACCGCCCACCGCAAUCCCGAUACCGUAUCCCCCUCCCCGCAGGCGAGCAAGAUUGCCGCUACCAAGACUGGGACCGCCCCCGGGUCCGAGUCCGAACCCGAGUCCAAGAAGACGUCCAAGAAUGGGUCCAGGCAACCAUUCUUUUGGCAGGAGUGGUUGGCGGCGCACAACCCUGGCGAGCACGGCCGGAAAGAGAUAAAGAAAAUCAAGAGGCAGUUUGUUUUUUUCCGGAGGAGGUCUGCAUUGGACCUCCUCAGGCUAGACAUCAUGCGUCAGAGCCUCGGCGGGAGAAGGGCAACAGAAAUACGCUGCGCCGUAGGGGCGGAGGAGGGCUGGAACUUCGGCUGGCACUUUCACCCCGAUGAAAUUGCCAGUGAGGUGAUCCAUGGGUUUAGCCAAGCCUGCGACUACGUACGGCUGACCGACGACGAGUUCGCUGCCCUCGACAAGAAGUACCGUACACCCUGGGAGCAGAAAGUGGUGGCGGCCGCCAGCCUUAAGGGAGAGGGCGUGGAGAAAGUGUCACAGGCCAAGCGGCGAAGACUACGAACACGCCGCCACGUUCGCCGCGCAAAAAUGGACGUCUUUCGAGCUGUCUACGGACCCCGCUGGCUGGCCAAGUAUGACGCCUAUUGCGCCGAACAACAGCGGGACACGAACCCCGGAGACACCUCUCCCUCACCCCCUCCCGUCACCGGCCGGGGCCCAGUCAAAGUCGGUCGAGUGUGCCAGUCUGAGCGCUCUGGCCCAACGGCAUCUGACGAGACUCGAGAGGCCUAA